AGACAAAUAAUGAAGGUUUAUGUGAAAAAGCUCAUAUUGAUUCCGACACCAUCCGUAUCAACUUUACCUCAGUUCUCUUAUUGCACGGUCCUCUAACUCUUCAUCAUGGUUGAUGCCUUCUGUGCCACCUGGAAACUGGUCGACAGUGACAACUUCGAUGAGUACAUGAAAGCACUUGGUGUUGGUUUUGCAACAAGGCAGGUCGGAAAUGUGACCAAACCAACCGUUAUCAUCGCAAAAGAGGGGGACAAAGUGGUCGUUAAAACCCAGAGUACUUUCAAGAACACUGAAAUAUCCUUCAAACUGGGAGAGGAGUUUGACGAAGCCACUGCAGAUGACAGAAACUGUAAAUCCACUGUGAGCUUGGAUGGAGAUAAACUUGCUCACGUUCAGAAGUGGGACGGCAAGGAGACCAAGUUUGUGAGAGAAAUCAAGGAUGGGAAAUUGGUCAUGACUCUUACAUUUGAAGACAUUGUGGCAGUGCGUACCUAUGAGAAGGCAUGAGCUGGGAGACAUCACUAGUUAAAUCAUUUGAGUCCAUUUUACUGGACUACAGCCAAGAAGUGUUUUGUUUUUACUGCAUGCUGACCUUUGCACUUCAUCCUUCCAAAUGUUUUACAACAUGGGCUGGAAGUCUUUUUUGUAAGACAUUUUUAUAUAUGUUCAUUUGGUGAUUGCUCAUCAUUUGUAAACCUGUGUGAAACAUACUAAAAUAAAAGAACAUGCACUCAAAAUUCAA